AUGGUGAAGGAAUCGGCACGAAAGUAUUCGCAUUGUGGUCACAAUGGCCACAACUCGAGGACGUGCAACCACGGCCAUGGAAAUAAAGGGGUUUGCUUGAAGCUUUUCGGCGUGAACAUUAUGGAGAAAGAGGAGGAUUCUAUCAAGAAGAGUUACAGCAUGGGGAAUCUGCUGGCGGACGGCACCGGAGACCACAACAACAACGCUGUUGUGGCUGAUCAUGAUGCCGGCUACCUCUCCGAUGGCCUCAUUCAUAACAAGCGGCACAAGGCCGCCCAUGAAAGAAAAAAAGGAAGGCCAUGGACUGAGGAAGAGCAUAGAGUGUUUCUAGCUGGUUUGAAGAAGCUUGGGAAAGGUGAUUGGAGAGGAAUAGCAAGAAAUUUUGUGACUACAAGAACCCCAACCCAGGUUGCUAGUCAUGCACAGAAGUAUUUCCUCAGGCAGGCUACAAAUGAUAAGAGGAAACGCAGAUCAAGCCUCUUUGACAUGCACUUUAAGGAACUCUCUGAUCAGGGUCCUCAAGAUUCCUCAAUUUCACCUACAAAGUCAGCUGAUGAAACUUCACCGCAGGCUAGCAGCUCUAAAACUAGGCCACUGAAAAUCAAUACAGCCAACAACUCACCACCGGCUAGCAACGUUCCAACUCGGAUUCUAAACAGAUUCCCACAUCUGUGCUUGGAUAGCCCCCCAGCUCCUCCAUUGUCUCCAACUUGCACUCUUCCAAAUUACCCUGCCAUGCCAUUUAUGAUGAGAAUUCCAGCAAAUGUCCCAAACGCCCCAAUGACGCACUUUUACAGACCAAGUUACCACCACAUGAUCAAAAACCAUGGUCACUUUCCAACUUGUGCUCCUGUAAUUUCUCACCCUUCUGGAAUCCCAUCGUCACCAAGGUCCCUCCCAAGCAGUCCAUCCAUGGCGAUCACCAGCAUGACGUCAGCAGCUGAGAAAGAUGCUUUAGAGCUUAAAAUUGUGCAGCCUCAGCCUUCUCAAGGGGCAAGCUUGUCUCCCCCUUCAUCUUCUGGUGCCAUCAGAGUCACAUAG